AUGGCAGCGACUCAGAUCUCCGAUGAGAACCCUAUCACAGUGACAUGGGAUGGAGAACACGACUCGGCUAAUCCGUACAACUGGUCGCCUGCUCAAAAAUGGACGUUGACCCUCCUCGCCGUAUUCACCACAUACAUUACAAUGAUGAACGGUACAAUCAUCACAACCGCCCACGCUGCAAUCACCGAGGAGUUUCAUGUCGCAGACGACGCGUUUCCCCACUCUUACUGGCCUGUGACAUCGUGGGCGUUGGGAGGAUGCUGUUCCUCACUAUUCAUUCUUCCCUUGAUGGAGGAUCACGGUGUCCGACCGAUCUUCCUAUCAGCACAUGUAGUGUUCAUGUGCUUUCUCGUCCCCCAGGCCGUGGCACAGAACUUCGCUACUCUUGUGGUGACAAGAUUCUUCGCUGGCAGCAGUGUCGCGGUUCUGGCUAAUACAUCGGCCUCGGUCAUUGGUAAUAUCUGGGAGACGGAAAAAUCACGGUCAAUCCCCGUGAGCUUGUACAUCUUCUCCUACUUAGCGGGCAGCAGUACGGGUCCUGUUAUUGGUGGUGCGAUCUUCAAAGGAUUGACAUGGAGAUGGAUUGGAUAUCUCCAGUUGAUCUGGUUUGGUGCACUGCUUCCGGUGUAUUACUUCCUCUUCAAAGAGUCGCGUGGUGCUGUCAUACUCGCUACUCGUGCUCAAGCCUUGAGGAAACAGGGAAAACCAGCCUUCACUCUGCUGGAGAUGGAGGGGCAGACGGGUUCGGCCUUCAGUGGCUUCGUUCAAAGUUCGACAAGACCCCUGGUACUGGUAUGCACAGAAUCUGUGGUCCUAGUUUCUACACUUUGGUCCGCCUUCACUGUGGGCACUCUGUUCCUUUUCACCCAGUCCGCAGAGCAGGUCUUUGUGGACUUGUAUGGCUGGAGUAAUACCCAGGCGGGUUAUGUACAAGCGGCCAUUGUGAUCGGAGAAAUCAUCGGAUGGCUAAUCAACCUAUUCUCCGCCAGGCUCUAUUUUGGUUCUGCUUCGCGCAACACUGAGUCUCCGGGUGUUCCAAUUCCGGAAGCCAGAGUGUAUUUAGCGGUGGUUGGAGGCGUGUUUGGAAUUGCGGGUGGCAUGUUCACCUAUGCUUGGACCUCCUUCGCCCAUAUCCCUUGGAUAGCCCCGGCCAUUGGCCUGGCCAUGGUGGGAGCCGGCAGUGUGAUCGUCGUGGCAGGCGUCUCGGACUAUGUGGUAGACUCAUAUAGCAAGUACGCCGGCAGUGCGAUGGGUGCUGUCGCCACAGGCGAGAAGCUUUUCUCGGCUUUGCUUCCUCUGGCGACCAUGAGUAUGUACACUAACCUUGGAUUCCAAUGGGCCAGCACGACAUUGGCAUUUAUCUCCUUGGUACUCUCCCUUGCGCCAACCUUGAUGUUUGUCUGGGGGAAGCAAAUCCGCGCACGAAGUCCUUUCAUCAUGGAGGCAGCGAUGAGCUCGGAGCAUAAGGGUGCUCAUUCUGUCUAG